AUGGAGAUGAAGCAGAGCAUGGGGAUCCCGGGGCUCCUGUUGCUGCUGCUGGGACUAUGGGCGCUGGCGCUCCGGGACGCCGCUGCUGAAGCAGGUAUGAAAUUGACAGGAUCUCCAAUCAAAUUAAAGGUGUCCCAGGGUCAGCCGGUGAAACUAAAUUGCAGCCUCGAGGGAAUGGAGGACCCAGAGAUGUUGUGGAUCAAGGAUGGCGCGGUGGUGCAGAGUGUAGACCAGGUGUACAUUCCAGUAGAUGAAGAACACUGGAUCGGUUUCCUCAGUUUGAAAUCCGUUGAGCGGACGGAUUCUGGGAAGUACUGGUGCCAGAUUGAGAACAAGGGGAAGAAGGAAGAAUCACAACAAGUGUGGCUCAUAGUGGAAGGUGUGCCCUACUUUACUGUGGAGCCGGAAGAUUUGUCUGUGUCCCCUAACGCCCCAUUCCAUAUGGCCUGUGCUGCCGUUGGCCCUCCUGAGCCAGUGACAAUUGUCUGGUGGAUGGGAGACUCCAGAGUGGGGCUUCCGGACAUCUCCCCCUCCAUCCUAAAUGUGUCAGGUAUUAACCAGAGCACGGUUUUCUCCUGCGAAGCCCACAACGUAAAGGGAUUGUCUUCUUCUCGGACAGCCACUGUUUGGAUUAAAGCCAUGCCUCUCCCCCCUUUCAACGUGACCGUAACCCGAGUCACCAGCAGCAAUGCCAGCGUGACGUGGGUCGCGGGAUUUGAUGGCCGCUCCCCCCUUCAUUCUUGCAUAGUUCAGGUUGCUGAGUCACCUGAAGAUCACGAAGGCUCUACAGAAGUUGUCCCUGUCCCUCCUUUCACCUGUGGUUUACCAGGAUUAAAGCACUCCACCAAUUAUAGUGUGCGAGUUCAGUGCACUAAUGAGAUGGGCACCUCCCCUUUCACAGACUGGGUUUAUUUUCAGACCCUGGAGAUAGCUCCAGGAAGCACUCCACAAAACAUCCACGUCAUCCAGAGAGACACUAGCCUGGUUCUGGAGUGGGAAGGAGUGGCUCCGGACAUGCUGAAAGAAAAUCUACUGGGAUACAGGCUGGAGUGGAGUCAGGAUAACGUCACGCAGGGGGAAAUGACCGUACAAGAGGCAAAAGCCAAUCUUACGACAUGGAAUCCCCAGAAAGACCUUAUAAUCAGAGUGUGUGUACUGAACUCAGCUGGCUGUGGACCCUGGAGUGACACCUUAGUGGUUGCAGCCCAGGAGGUUGUAGAUGGCCAGAGACAACCACCCUAUGGGACAUCCUGGGUCCCUGUGGCUUUGGGCAUUCUCACUGCCCUGGUUACAGCUGUUGCCCUGGCACUCAUUCUCCUUCGAAAAAGAAGAAAAGAAACUCGGUUUGGACAAGUCUUUGGCACUGUGAUCGGCAGGGGAGAGCCAGUGGUCCAUUUCAGAGCAGCCAGGUCUUUCAACAGGGAAGGCCCAGAGCAGAUUGAGGCAACAUUGGACAGCUUAGGGAUCAGUGAUGAACUGAAGAACAAACUCAAGGAUGUUCUAAUCCAGGAGCAGCAGUUCACUCUGGGAAGGAUGCUAGGCAAGGGCGAGUUUGGAUCGGUUAGAGAGGCGCUACUGAAGCUGGAGGAUGGUUCUUUCCAGAAGGUUGCAGUAAAGAUGUUGAAAGCGGAUAUCUUCACCUCAAGUGACAUUGAAGAAUUCCUGCGAGAGGCUGCCUGCAUGAAGGAGUUUGACCACCCACACGUUACUAAACUGAUCGGAGUCAGCCUGCGAAGUCGCCCUAAGGGUCGGCUCCCAAUUCCCAUGGUCAUCCUGCCCUUUAUGAAGCACGGAGACCUCCAUGCUUUUCUGCUGAUGUCCCGGAUUGGAGAAAACCCCUUUAAUUUGCCUCUUCAAACACUACUCAAGUUCAUGAUUGAUAUUGCCAGUGGGAUGGAAUACCUGAGCUCGAAAAACUUCAUACACAGGGACCUUGCUACUCGGAACUGCAUGUUGGAUGAGAAUAUGAACGUGUGCGUUGCAGACUUUGGGCUCUCUAAGAAAAUCUACAGUGGAGACUAUUACCGUCAGGGCUGCGCCUCCAAGCUGCCAGUGAAGUGGCUUGCUCUAGAAAGCCUUGCAGACAAUCUUUACACAACACACAGUGAUGUGUGGGCAUUUGGUGUGACAAUGUGGGAGAUUGUGACACGAGGACAAACCCCUUACGCCGGCAUCGAAAAUGCAGAAAUCUACAACUACCUCAUCAGUGGCAACAGGUUGAAGCAGCCCCCAGAGUGCCUGGAAGACAUCUAUGAUCUCAUGUGCAGAUGCUGGCAUUCUGAGCCCAAGCUACGCCCUAGCUUUGGAAUGCUGAAAUUACAGCUGAAAAUGAUUCAGGGGAGAAUGUCCAUGCUCUCGUCCAGUCAGGAUCCUUUAUAUGUCAACAUUGGGGAGGCCAAAGAGACUUCUGGGAGCAACCCUGCCCUGUACACUUCAUUUAGAAAUUUGGACAGCGGAGAGAACAUUGCUGGAGCAGCUGCUGCUGUCACUAGUGACUAUCGCUACAUCAUGAGCCCCUUGUGCCUUGGAAAUGACGUUGGAAGUGAAAGGCAUCCCAAUGCAGCUGAAGGGGAGGCCAGGAGCCUUCUGCAGGAGCUGGAGUCAGAAGGAGAGAGAAGUUGUUAG